AUGGGAGGAAUUGUUUCUAAAGAAUCAUCCAUGAUGGUUGAGCUCGGAAAGGAGCCUUGCAAAGAAUUAUUGGAUGCUCAAAAUGGAAUUUCAUUGUUUAGCGAUAAUUUGUUUUCAAAAGUCCCUUUGGUUAUUAAACGACUGGAAAAAGGACAAAUGGAAGUAGAACAAUUUAUGACCAUCAUACAACAAUCUGUACAAUACUACAAAGUAUAUUUUGAUGAAGUUUCGCAACAGGCCGAAAACAUCAAUACAUUUUUGGGAAAAGGUCUUGCUUCAAGAGAAACUGGAGUGGUACAUAGUUUAAGCCAGGGACUAAAUGAGAAUGGUUUGAACGGCCAGGAAUUUUGCAAAGACUUGGAUAACAUUUUACAAGAUGUUCAGAAGCUAUUAAAAUUUAUGAAAUCAAUUAUUACAAGUGCUCAAUCGGAGUACAACAAGUUGGAGGACGAAGAUGGUGGGUAUAAGAAAGAAGUUGAAAAGUUAAAGAAACGAUGUGAGGAGAUGUCAAAAAAGCUGAAGGAGCUAAAGGAAGCACCGCUAACCUCACUAGCAGAAAAAACGAAAACAGACUUUGAAAUUCGAACUCUUGUCACCUAUUUAGAAGAAGAUACUCAAGCAAUUAAGGACAAUGAAGAAAAGAUGAGAAAAAACAUUUCCAAGUAUUUGUAUAUAUUAACACAUUUGGAGCACAUGGAGCGUACGCGAUUUUGUGAAAUGAAAGCCAUUGCUCUCAAGUAUUUCAAUGCUAAAAAGACAAUGUCAACAAGGAUCAUCCAGCACUCCGUCCAAACAAACAAAAGAGUAGAAGGUUUAGACGCAGAGAAAGAGUUUAAUAACUUCAUAAUAUCUUGCUCUUCUAAAAAUUCUACAAAACUCGCGUAA